GGAGGAGAGCAACGGGGUUUCCCAAGAAGAGACCCUGCGUUUUCCGCGUCUCCUUCCCUACCAGGCCCGGGAACACGCCAGCUCUCACAGCCCCCGGGGGCGACAGGGUCUCGAGGCUGUCUUCUUCCUCCUCUGCCCUCAGCUCCAGCUCGUCCUCUGACUCUCUCUGAAACUGCUUUCCUGAGGUGGCAUGUAGGUCCCCAUCCUUCCAUUACCCCUUUACCCCGCAGCCCCCUGCACCGACUCACAUGUCUGUCCUCCCGGAGCAAACCUCCUAUCAGUUGAUGAUAACAGCUUCCUAAUCCAAGAGGCCGGCAUGGCCUUGGGGAGGCCCAAGAACUUGGCCUCAGAGCUUGCCUCUCCCCACCCCGCAUAAAAAUCAAACCAUUCCCUGGAACAAGGGAAACUGCAUCCCUGAUUUGACCUCCAUAGUUGAUCUAUGCCCAGAUCUGCGUCCACGGCUUGCUUGUCCCAGGUUGGAAAGCCAACCUCAGGAAGCACAGGCAUUCCUGUUUGGUCAGGGCCAGUUUCUCUAUCAGCAGCCUUCUCUCUCCUCAUGUGAGCCCAGCAUUACCAGUGUAAACAGUGUGGGAAAGUACCAGAAAGGCUAGACAAAGGCUGUUCCCAUCCGGAACCAGGGAGGGAGGAUAGGGAAGUGAUGAAUUACAGGAUGGGAUUGGGAACCAUGGGAAAUUGGCAUUUGGCAUAUGUUGGAGAGAGAGAAAGAGAGAGAGGGAGAGAGAAGCCUGCAAGAAGGUGACCAACAAAGAGCUUCUGUAUAAUAGUCUUGUUGGAGGUGAGUAAAACUAAGGGCAAGGCUUUAGCCAUCAAAGAGAGGAAAGUCAAUCAAGUCUAGAACAAGGACUCCCAUUUCCCUGAACGGGCAUUGAGGGCAGAGUGAACCAGAGGCCUCAGGAUGUCUGCGGUGCUCUCCUCCAGCUCGGGGACCCCUGGGCUCUAUAUAUACAGGCUCCCGACUCACCUGCCCUCUGUCUCGGGAGCUGGCAGGCCCGGAGUUUCACUGCCUUGAGCAACCGCUGGGCCACGGGCAGGGCUUCUGUGGGUGCUAACUGCCUGUGUGGCCUGGCACUGGUUGCCUACUCAGCUCGGGAACCAGACCGGCAGCGUCGCUGGUUCCAGGUCCUGUUACCACGUCUCUUGUUCCUCUGGCCUGAAGCCCGUGCUUUCUGCAGGGUGGGCCUUCCCGAGCCCAGGCCUUGUGUCCCAGGUGCCACCUGGACCCUUUGCUGCCAGGGCCUGGGGAUGGGGGAGCUGCCUUCAGAGUGAAAAUGGAGAAGGGGUCUGGGUGCUCGCUUCAGGGCCUGUUUCGCAUCUUAAAACCAGGCAGAAAUGUGUGGGCUGUAGUGCUACCGUGCCGUUAAUUAAUUGUCUGUCUUUGCUCAAAUCUCUCGACUUCUCUAUGUUUCAGUUACCCCGACCCCUCUAGUAUAUAGAAUAAACGGAGGAUUAAUGAAAUAACAUAUACAAAGGUGUUUUGAGAAACAAAGCACAGUAGAAAUAUAUACAUAUUUGAGCCUGAUGGGUCAAUACUGAUGUCCUUUGUGGAACCUUGUCCUAAUAAACAGAAGUCUCUCAAGCCAUCCACCCUCCUUUUGUUUUCUCUUUCGCACACUGCCUCCCAGAUUUUAAUGAGCAACUGUGAUCCGAGCACUGGACUAGGAGCUAGGGACAUGGAGACCCAGACAAAGGUCAUAUCUCAUCAAUCUGUAACCCAAACGUCUCCAGCGGCUCUCAGGGCUGUUUGGUUGAUUCAUGGACCCCACCCCAAAUCCCCUCUCUUUCCAGGUCACCACCCACUGGGGCUCUGCUCUGAGAGAUGGGACUCUUAGGUGGCUGCUUAUUGGAUUAUGACAUGUGGGAGUUCCUCACUAGAGUAGCUCUGACCCCUGCGCACCUGGGCUUGCUGCCCUCAGACACACCACUAGGUGGUGAAUCCUUGGGACAGACCCAUUAGGCAUCCGAGUGGAGGGAGGACAGUCUCCCUCAUGUCCAGAGCUGGGUGUGGGAGGUGCCCAAAGGACAGGGACGGCAGGUUUGCACCUCCAGGGCACCACGGACCAGCAGUGUGGCUUGCUGCACGUGGGCACAUUAUGCUACCGUAACCCAGCCUUAGCCCCUCUCUCUGAGAUGCCUCAGAGUUCUGCUGCUGGCUGCUGGCCACAGCCCCCGCCUGCAAGGCCUGGCAUUACCGGCAGCAGGCUGCUUUUAUCUUGUUACCCUGUCCUCGGUCUACCUUAUAUCUUUACUAUCUCUGCCUUGAUGACUGAGCCAGGCUGCACUUUCUGAAAAGCCAACACCUCUGUUGUUUGGCUUGAAUUUUGUUUUAUAAAUACACGCACACACGCACACACGCAUGCACGCACCGUUGAUCUUCACUGUCUGUGGAGUCCGUAUCUGCAAAUUUGACUACCUGCUAAAAUUUACUUGUAAUCCCCAAAUCAAUACUUGCAGCCCUUCUGUGCUCAUUUGUGGGCACGUGCAGAGUGGAGAAAACUUCGAGUCUCCCGAUGCGCCCGUUCCCAGCUGAGGCCACGCAAGACAUCCUGCCUCUGCUUCGGCUCUCACGCUGUAAACAAGUGUCUUUUUCUUGGUCUAUUUAGUGCCACCCUUUUUGCAUUUUUGUACCUGAUGGUGAUUUCACCGUUCAAGAUGGCACCCAAACCUGGUGCUGAAAUUCUGUCCAGUGUUCCUAAGCACAGGAAAGCUACAAGUUGCCUUGCGGAGAAAAGACGUAUUAGACAAGCUUUGUUCAGACGUGGGCUAUAGUGCUGUCGGCUGUGAGUUCAAUGUAAUGAAUCAACAAUAUGUAUUAAAUGAGGUGCCUUUAAACAGAUAACACACAUGAAACAAAGUUAUGUACUGAGGGACUGAUGAAAAUGUUGUGACCAGAAGCUCUCAGGAACCUAACCCGUGUUCUCUUAGGAGCGAUGGUUCAAUAUUUGCUGAUGGUUCAAUAUUUGUUUGAUAGAACAUAACUACCUCUAAUAACAAGAAUAGACUGUCUAUAUGUAAUGUCUUCUCUUCUCUUCUUUCCCCUCCCUUCCCCUACUUCUCCUCCUUUGCUUCAUACAAAUUCUGUUUGAUAUUCUUCCACUUCAGUCUAUUUCAAAUAGUUGUUUGAGAAUUCCAUUGUCACUUGUAUCUGUUUGUGAAAUCCUGAUCCUGGGAAGGAAGGCCUCUGUCAGUGGGAGGUACUGCUCUGUGUCAGGUACCACAUCCUUGAGAACACAAAGAUAACACAAGUCCUUGCUCUCAAGGAGCUCACUCAACCCUACGGUAGCAGUUCUCAAGGCAAGAGCAUUACUCUGGUGUCGGGUCACUGGCUAUUUUCUAAGCCCUGGGGUAUAAGCCCAUUUGACCAUUUCGUGUUUGGUUGACUUCUAAGUCAAGCUAAACCUCUCUAGAAGGUAGAGCUCUGGUCAUCCCAGCGGGUCCAAGACUCAUAAUCAAACCGAAGUGUGAUUAUGGGGGUUGGUCAGUUCUAUUGAUCCAUGGUCAGACAUUAGAGACUAUUGCCGGCCAAUUCCUCACACACACACAUAUAUAUAUAGUGAUGAUCUGUGGAUGUGGAUGAAUCUCUGAUCAUGAAUGGCUUUGUCCAGAUCUUGAUAUAAGGGAAAGGUGUAAAGGACAGAGAAGAAAAAUCAGAAAGACCCUUUUGAUGAAGAGAAUGAAGAAUACUGGCGACGUUUAAGAGGUGGACUUGGAAGGCAAGGUUGAGAAACAGAUCACCGCUUGCCUCUGUACGUCGUCUCCCUCCUCCUCAGGACACCGUGAAGCUGACAUGUGCAGCAAACGGAGCAUGAAGCGGAAGGCACUGUUCACCUGUCCCUUCAAUGGAGACUGCCGCAUCACCAAGGACAACCGCCGCCACUGCCAGGCCUGCCGGCUCAAGCGCUGUGUGGACAUCGGCAUGAUGAAGGAGUUCAUCCUGACUGAUGAAGAGGUGCAGCAGAAGCGGGAGAUGAUCCUCAAGAGGAAGGAAGAGGAGGCCUUGAAGGACAGCCUGCGGCCGAAGCUGUCCGACGAGCAGCAGCGCAUCAUCGCCAUCCUGCUGGACGCCCACCACAAGACCUAUGACCCCACCUACGCCGACUUCAGCCAGUUCCGGCCUCCGGUUCGAGAGGGUGAGAAUGAAGGGAACCAUCCCUCAGGGCCUUGGUUCAUACAGACGCCCAGCUUCUCUGGAAACUCAUCCUCCGCCUGCUCAGAUCGCUACACCUCCUCUCCAGAUACGAUGGAGCCAACCGGCUUCUCCAGCCUGGAUCUGAGUGAAGAAGACUCUGAUGACUCUUCUGUGACCCUGGACCUGUCCCAGCUCUCCAUGCUGCCGCACCUGGCUGACCUGGUCAGUUACAGUAUCCAGAAGGUCAUUGGCUUUGCCAAGAUGAUCCCAGGGUUCAGAGACCUCACCCCUGAGGACCAGAUCGUGCUGCUGAAGUCGAGUGCCAUUGAGGUCAUCAUGCUGCGUUCCAACCAGUCCUUCACCAUGGACGACAUGUCCUGGACCUGCGGCAGCCCGGACUACAAGUACCAAGUCAGUGAUGUAACCAAAGCCGGACACAGCCUGGAACUGAUCGAGCCCCUCAUCAAGUUCCAGGUGGGGCUGAAGAAGCUGAACUUGCACGAGGAGGAACACGUGCUGCUCAUGGCCAUCUGCAUUGUCUCCCCAGACCGUCCUGGGGUGCAGGACGCUGCGCUGGUCGAGGCCAUCCAGGACCGCCUGUCCAACACGCUGCAGACCUACAUCCGCUGCUGCCACCCACCCCCAGGCAGCCACCUGCUCUACGCCAAGAUGAUCCAGAAGCUAGCGGACCUGCGUAGCCUGAACGAGGAACACUCCAAGCAGUAUCGCUGCCUCUCCUUCCAGCCCGAGUGCAGCAUGAAGCUCACGCCCCUCGUGCUCGAGGUGUUUGGCAGCGAGAUCUCCUGAGGAGGGCAGCCUGCCCUGGCGCCUGGGCGGGGCUGCCUCUCUGGGGCCGGAGGCUGCCCAGCUCUCCCCACUCCUUCUGGAGUUCAGCCCCUCCUCUCCCACUUCCCCUCCCUGCCCAGCCCAUCCUCCCUGCUGCCCAACCUAACACCAGGUCCCCCUUACCUGCAGGCCACGGGCUGCCCCCAGUGCCUCGAGACCUCAGUCAUGAGGAAUUGCUCUUUAUUUGACAAAGAAUCUUGAAUGGGGGCAGAGGGCAGAGGCUGAAGGUGGGCCCGUGCCAGGGGAUACCCCCCCCACACUACAGAAGUGGCGGCUGGCUGGUGCCGAGGGGACAGGCAGGCGGGAGAGACGCAGCCAUUCCUCAGGGACAGAGAUAUCCUCACCUCUACCCAGCUCCAGGCCCACACGCCCAGAGCCUGGUGGGAUCACCCUUCCUUCGCCCCACCCACGAUAAACACUGACCCGUGACCCACACCUCAUCCUGCUGCCGCUCUGUCCUGGGCAGUGUGCCACGAUGGGGCCUUCUCCCUCUGCCUUCCUACCCUGGCCUGCCCAGGACACUCACUGCCAAGGAAGACCAAAACCAAGGUGACUAAAGUCACAGCCUCCCCUCAUCCACCUCUGCUGGCCAAAGGGCAUUUGCCUAACCCCACGGUGCCCACCUUCUUCCCAUCGCCAUGGUAACAUUCUCCUCCGGAAGUAGCUGUGGUAAGAUGGGCUUUCUCCCCACGGCGGGGGCCACUGGCCCAGAACCCGUGUGCUGAGAGGCCAAGGAGGGAAGAGAGCAGGGCCCAGGCAGUGAGGGGACAGGCAAACCCAGCCUGAACGUAAGAGUAGUCGAUGGAGGCCACACCCGUCCUGCCGCCAAGCCCACAGCUCCUCAGCCUGGAGCUGAGGGGUUGGCCGAGGCGGGGGCUCUCCCUCCAUCAAUCCACAUGGCAGGACUGAAUGGCCCCAGGCUUCAGAGAAUCGUGGGCACCAUCCUCAUCCUCACCCUGCCAGUGCCUUACCUCCCCCCGCCAAGAGAGAGAACCGGCCGCAGGCUCCAGGGCCCUCGCGCAGCGGCCAAGGGCGCUGAAGGGGCCUGAUCCUGGGAUGGCCAAGCGUGGUGACCCAGAGGCCAUCCCACUGUCUGAGCCCCCCAGCAGCCUGGAGAAGCAGGUGCUGCUCUGCUUACCAGCGGGGCCUCAUCUUUCCCACCUGGCAGGGUGGGAUGGGGGAGAGGAAUUUCCAGACCCCCAAAAGCCCAAGCCCUCCCUGCCCACCUAGUUCUGCUUCUAACACUGCUGUCCCCCGAAGGCAGUGCUUCAGCACCCUGGGUGGGGGGACAGCGGGUUGGCCUGGUGGCUGGUCAGUGAGAGCACUGGGGGGGAGUCGGGCGGGGUACUUCCUUAUUCCCACCCCCCACCCUGACGUCAAAAGGGACCUGUGAGGCAGGGCGGGGUAGGGCCACCGAACCUCAAACUCCCCGUAUGCAGAGCAGCUCAGCAGGUGGGCACUCACAGCCCGUGUACCCGGUUGGGCUUCUCUGGGGCAUGGGUGACAGGCAUGCCAGAGCAGAGCAGAGAGGGCUCCUCCAGGAUCGACAGAGGGUCCUUCAGAUCAUACUCAAGUUUGGGGAGUUCAGCCGCGCUUGCUUUCUCAGCCAGGAGGAGGUGGUGUCAGCAGGAUGCCCCUCUGCCUGCGUCCGCUGUUCCCUGAAGACCCCGGCAGCAAACCAGCUUACCUCCACGACAGCCGCCAGUGUCUGCUGGCCAGUGUUUCUUCAUCUGACAGCCACCGUCCCUAUUGCGGAACCGUCCUUAGACUCAGUGUGAUGUCUGUUAGAUGGGGGUGUCUUCAGACUCCAUUUGGUACCACAUUCUAAUAUAGCGGGUAGUAGGCGCCACUGAUGAAGCGGUAUUUAUGGGUGAUGACCUACGUUGUGAAAAUUCUACACGUUAAUUACUGUUGUUGUUAUUUUACAAAUUAGGGAGAGACCCCUGGGAUUUGAUUUUAGCUGCAGAACACAUUGGUCCAGUUGUCAAGUCAGUGGUAGAAAGGGCUUGAAAAUCUCUGACCCAGUUCAAUCCCCUUGUUAAAGAAAACUGACGCUGAGAAGGUGUGACUCACCCAAGCUCGUGUAACUAGUUCAAAGCAGCCCCAGGACUGGACCCAGACUUUGGACUUAGGGUCCAGUGCUGUUUUCACUACAUCAUGCUUGAGCUCAGACUCCAUGUCCCAUGCCCCUUGUGGCUGACCUCAUCCCUGGGGGAAGCCCUGGGUUUUAGACAGAGCAUGUCCAGAUCCCAGAUCCCUGCCUUGCUUCCCUGGGUUGUCACCCCACUGACCCAUCAGGAGGAGGAGAAGGGACACCUCAGCCUGUGUCUCAAUGUGAAUCACACCCCGGCCCCAGUGUGGCCUUGGCCGGAGAGGGUCUCUGCCGCAGCUCGGCGUAAUGCUGUUGCCUUAUCAAUAAAGUGCAUCUGUCUUUGUACUGUC